AUGUCGGGGGUUCCAAUAGAUGCUGUGCGGCUGGAUCAGCUCAAUCAGUAUUCUAUCAUUGAACGUGUCUGCUCAGUUCUCUCACUGCUUGGAAGCGUCUUCAUAAUCGCCACUUUCUGCUACUCAAACAUGUUCCAUAAGCCCAUAAACAGGCUGGUGUUCUUUGCCUCCUUUGGCAAUAUGAUGACCAAUGUUGGAACAUUAAUGGCGAGGUCGUAUGUUGGAGAUCCCGACGGAGCUGGCUGCCAAUUCCAGGCUUUUCUAAUCCAAAUGUUCUUACCGGCGGACACCCUAUGGACAUUGGCCAUGGCUGUUAAUGUUUACUUGACCUUCUAUCACAAGUUUGACGCCGUUAAGCUCCGCAAGAUGGAGCUCCCCUAUCUGCUGAUAUGUUACGGACUACCCUUCGUUAUUGCCCUAAUCUAUAUUUUUAUACAAGCGCCUGGACGUGGGCGAAUGUAUGGAGAUGCAACUUUGUGGUGCUGGAUCAGCCCUCGUUGGGAUAUCUGGCGCUUGACUACGUUUUACGGUCCUAUCUGGCUCAUUAUCCUCGUCACUUUCUUCAUCUAUAUCCGCGCCGGCGGUGAGAUCUAUCGCAAGCAUAAGCAGCUUCGCAACUUUCACUCGAGCACGCGCAGUCAUCACGAGCCCGAACCUUUGCCGCCCAUGGACGAUCCCCUGAUUUCCAGCAAGACCACCGAGGUCUCCAUCACGUCCGAGGCGGCACUGCCUGCGGCACCAGGGGCUAUCGAUCUUGCACCACUGGGUCGGCGCGCGUCAGAUAACGCCCAACAAGCCCCGCCUAUCCCCGGGCCGGCUUACUCAGUGCAGAUCUCGUCGAGCGGAACCAACACCAACGACCGAAGGUCCUCCCAUCCGCCGGAGCUGACGAUCCAGCCUACGCGCGCCACUUUGACACGCAGCACGACCAGGGCCGGGGCCGUUCAACAGCGCUCACGGGCAAACCAGGAUGCCACCAACGCGGCGUGGUCGUAUACAAAGUGCGCACUGUUGUUUUUCACCGCCAUGCUGGUGACGUGGAUCCCGUCCUCGGCCAACCGCGUCUACUCAAUCAUCCACGCGCAGCAAGUAAAUCUGACGCUUGAGUACAUGAGUGCCUUUGUGCUACCGCUCCAAGGAUUCUGGAAUGCUGUCAUCUACAUGGUAACCAGUUGGAAGGCGUGCAAGCUGGUGUUUCACGAUAUAUUCCUGUCGAGGAUGCCAGUCACGGAGCUGAUCGACUAUAGGUCGUCCAUCAUCCGUCGUCGCCAGCAAAAUUGUAAUAGUCACCAUGCCCAGGCCGCAGGCGCCGGGACCGGUGCGGCCAGAUCAAGCCACUCACACAAGGAAUCAGGAUCCGGGGGUAGGUUCACGCCUCAACCGUCAGACAAGAACUACGAAAACGAGAGCAUGACAGACUUGGGCAGCAGACCUUCGUUGCAAGAGCCAGGGCAGGAGCGGCGGCCUCAUCGUGGCGUUUGA